GGCCUGGGCGCGGGGCGGGGCCUGGGCCCUGAGCGGGCGGCGGCGACCGGCGGGAAGAGGAAGAACAUGGCGGGUGCGGCGGGGCCCGGGGCCGGCCCGGCGGCAGCGGGCGGAGAUGGGGACGAUUCGCUAUACCCGAUCGCGGUUUUAAUCGACGAGCUCCGCAAUGAGGACGUGCAGCUCCGACUUAACAGUAUUAAGAAAUUAUCAACAAUUGCUCUAGCACUUGGAGUAGAAAGGACGAGAACUGAACUGCUGCCAUUCCUCACAGAUACAAUUUAUGAUGAAGAUGAGGUACUGUUAGCCCUUGCUGAGCAGCUGGGAAACUUUACUGGCCUGGUGGGAGGUCCUGACUUUGCCCACUGUCUGCUGCCUCCUUUGGAAAGUCUGGCAACUGUGGAAGAGACGGUUGUUCGAGACAAGGCGGUGGAGUCCCUGAGGCAGAUCUCCCAGGAGCACACGCCUAUUGCUCUGGAGGCUCACUUCGUCCCGCUGGUGAAGCGCCUGGCGAGCGGAGACUGGUUCACUUCCCGCACAUCUGCAUGCGGUUUGUUCAGCGUUUGUUAUCCCAGAGCCUCAAAUGCUGUCAAAGCAGAAAUUAGACAGCAUUUCCGUUCCUUGUGCUCAGAUGACACUCCAAUGGUGCGUCGUGCUGCUGCUUCCAAGUUGGGUGAAUUUGCAAAAGUUUUGGAAUUAGACAGUGUGAAAAGUGAAAUUGUUCCACUCUUCACUAAUCUAGCUUCAGAUGAACAGGAUUCAGUGCGCCUUCUAGCUGUGGAAGCUUGUGUCAGUAUUGCCCAGCUACUGUCUCAGGAUGACCUCGAGGCCUUGGUGAUGCCUACACUUCGACAAGCAGCAGAAGAUAAAUCUUGGCGAGUUCGCUAUAUGGUGGCUGACAAAUUUUCCGAGCUCCAGAAAGCUGUGGGUCCUAAAAUCACCCUGAAUGACCUCAUCCCCGCCUUUCAGAACCUACUUAAAGACUGUGAAGCGGAAGUUCGAGCAGCUGCUGCCCACAAAGUAAAAGAACUUUGUGAGAACUUGCCCACUGAGGGUAGAGAGACCAUAAUUAUGAAUCAAAUUCUGCCUUAUAUAAAGGAAUUAGUAUCUGAUACCAAUCAACAUGUCAAAUCAGCUCUGGCCUCUGUGAUUAUGGGACUGUCUACUAUUUUGGGCAAGGAGAACACCAUCGAACAUCUUCUGCCUCUUUUUUUAGCUCAGUUAAAGGAUGAGUGUCCUGACGUGCGCUUGAACAUCAUCUCUAACUUGGACUGUGUGAAUGAAGUGAUUGGGGUCCGUCAGCUCUCUCAGAGCCUCCUUCCUGCCAUCGUGGAGCUGGCAGAAGAUGCCAAGUGGAGGGUCCGGCUGGCCAUCAUUGAAUAUAUGCCACUGCUGGCAGGCCAGCUGGGUGUGGAAUUCUUUGAUGAAAAGCUGAAUUCUUUAUGUAUGGCCUGGCUUGUGGACCAUGUAUAUGCCAUCCGAGAAGCUGCCACCAACAACCUCAUGAAACUAGUUCAGAAGUUUGGUACAGAGUGGGCGCAAAAUACCAUCGUUCCCAAAGUGUUAGUGAUGGCAAACGAUCCUAAUUACUUGCAUAGAAUGACCACUUUAUUCUGCAUCAAUGCACUGUCUGAACCCUGCGGUCAGGAAAUAACCACUAAACAAAUGCUGCCCAUUGUGUUAAAAAUGGCAGGAGACCAAGUAGCAAAUGUUCGUUUCAAUGUGGCCAAAUCCCUACAAAAAAUUGGGCCAAUUCUGGACACCAACGCUUUGCAGGGGGAAGUGAAGCCAGUACUACAGAAAUUAGGUCAGGAUGAAGACAUGGAUGUCAAAUACUUCGCACAGGAAGCUAUAAGUGUUCUUGCACUGGCAUAAUGAGGAACAUGAGGGGAAAAGCCUUUACAAAGUUCUUAUCACAGAUUUCUAGACAUUGUGUUCUUAAACUGGGUGGAGAAAAUGUGGAAAACCUUCAAGAUCUCAUCCAAGCAAAUGGCGACAACUUAGAAGAAAUCAAAUUUCAGUGACUUGAUUCUUUCUGAAGAUGAAAUGGGAUUGUUUUUUACUCAUCUUCCUUGUUGGGAUAAUUAUUUAAGCCAUUUUUAUUGA